AUGGAUAUGCCAGCUAGGACCAGCUUACCAUCAAGUUUCGACCGGUCAGAGCUAGAAAUCACAGCCAGGACCCGUACAUCAUCAAGUUUCAAAGGUUCCGAGAUGUCUGUUUCAAGGACUGCAACAAACAUCCCCAUGCCGAUGUCAGAACCUACGUUGCCCAAAGAAGAAACAACGAGAGAAGUAGCAGAUGUCACGGACAGAACUUCGUCUGAAAAGACAUUACUAUCAGCGGUGUCGACAACCACAAGCACGACUGCGCCUGGUGAUAACAAUGUUCCUAAGGAGCCAUCAUCAUGUUGUGUAACACAAUCAACUGUUCAGCCCAAGGCAGUCAAACACAAGAAGCCCACCACGGACUAUGUCCGCCUAAAGUGGGAGAGAGACUCUAACAUCAGGGACUAUGUUCAUCGAAAAGACCCGAUGAAUUGUGAACAAUGCGGAUUGGGCAUACACGGCGAGAAAGUCCCUAUUGACGGGAUAGUGCUUCGAUACUCACAGUAUCAAAAGAAAGACACCCAGAUCGAUCCCCCUAUGUCCUUAACAGGCGACACCACAAACGACCAGGCAGCAGCGCUUACUAUCCCGAUACCACAGUACCUCAAAAUCGACAAACCCCGAAGAUUCUUUACAAAGGGCCGUAUCUUCAAGACUGUCUGGUUCGAGCCCUUCGGCGAUUACUCCGCCUCCCUUCGCGCCCGACCCGCCGAGCUUGCCUGCCCCGAGAGUUGCCCCAACUAUAACAAGGAAAAGCCCUACGAGCAUUUCCGGUGGUUCGUGGUAAUUCGCAAGCAGCUGCACCACUCGCUGUGCUUUGCCAUCGUUAACGGAGGGGCAAAAUCCAUGGCCAAGAACCGAGCCAGAGGCGAGCACCUGGCCGUGCUGUACUCGACUAGUGUGCCGCCAGCGGAGCCGGACAAGGAGGAGGGCAUCAUGUUUGGGCCACUCGCGGUUAUUUUGGAGGAAGGGAAACAGAAUAUCAGCCCAUUGGCGAGGCUGGAUUGUAGUAGGGUGUUUACGGUGGAGGAUGAUUUGAAGGUCAUGAAGAUUGGGAGGGUGCAUCCGGAUUUUCACGGGAAACUGGAUGAGUACUACUAUGAAGCAUGCUUCAAGGAACCGGUGAAGCAAGUGCAGGCUAAUGGGACUUGA